AUGAAAUCCAAACUUUUACCUGCUAAGCUGCCUCGUACUAUCGAGGAUAGCAUUAAAGCUAUACUGCUUCUUGGGUAUCAGUAUCUUUGGAUUGACGCCUUUUGCAUACAGCAAGACAACGCAGCAGACAGGCAUCUUCAGAUUCAGCAAAUGGAUCUUAUAUACACCUCAGCAGAGCUCACAUUGAUUGCCGCCGCAGGCGACGACUUCUCAUUCGGCUUGCCGGGUGUAUGUAGCAAACGGAGAGUGAGGUAUCGAGACGCUGUCGUUGGCAAUAUGUGCGUGGCGUAUGUUCUAACAAACGUUUUCCAGUCCAUCGCCAGAUCCCGAUGGUUUACACGGGGAUGGACAUUCCAAGAAGGGUACCUUCCUCCCAGGCGACUAUACUUCACGGAUAGUGCAGUGUUGUUCAUUUGCAACCUGAUGCAAGGACAUGAAGGUUUCCAACGCUACCCUUCUGAAUCGGAAGUCUAUCGGGUCGGAGGCACGUUGAAUUCGCAAGUCUUAGGGCCCAGAAGCGACGGACAUAGCGGGCCUAGCGAGGUCAUGCGAUCGCUCGAGCAAUACUCCGCUUGCAAACUCAGCUACGACUAUGAUGCCUUGAACGCGAUACGGGGCGCUUUGAACUAUCAUCGAUCCAAGAAACAAUCCACUGAGACUAUGUGGGACAAACCACACUGA